AUGCUCAUUGGUAUCUCCGGCAGCAUAUGCGCUGGGAAGAAGACGGUUGCACAGUAUUUGGUGGAUCAUCAUGGCUUCAGGCACCUUCACAUUGAGCCCCAAAUAGAUUCAAAGAGGAAUGGGAUCUCGUCCUCAGCUGAGGACGCCGCGGCUGGUAUAGACUCGAAUGUAAUCAACGGUCAGAAGGAUGAAGGAGCCCUGGAGAGCUACCGGCAUUCCCAGCUAUCCUUGCGAAGCUCCCGCACGUCCCUCUCCUUUCCUACAGCAGACGAUCUCUUAGAGUUCGUCACAAAGAGCUGGCGAGACCGAUGGGUAACGACCGACAUUCCCAGCGAGGCCGUUUUAGACAUUUACCACCGGCGGCCCUUCUUUGUCCUCAUCAGCGUGGACGCCCCUCUCAACGUGCGGUGGCAGCGCUUCCAGCGGCGGCAUCGGCAAAGCAAGAUUGCCUCGUUCGAGGACUUUGCGGCCGCCUCUGACGCACACCUCUACGACCCGGACAACGGUCACCUGCCGCUGAUGUCGCGGGCAAGUGUCCGCCUCCUCAACACCUCCUCGGACCUGGCACACCUCUACGCGACCCUCGGUAAGGUCGACCUGCUCAACGAGGACCGUCUGCGGCCCUCGUGGGACACGUACUUCAUGGCGCUGGCGUCGCUCGCCGCGCAGCGGUCUAAUUGCAUGAAGCGGCGCGUGGGAUGCGUGCUCGUGCGCGAGAAGCGAGUGAUCAGCACGGGCUACAACGGCACGCCCCGAGGCAUCCGCAACUGCGGCGAAGGCGGGUGUCCUCGAUGCAAUGAGGGCCAGGGAUCAGGGCACGGUCUGGCAACAUGUCUAUGUAUCCAUGCCGAGGAGAACGCGCUACUGGAGGCUGGACGAGAGCGCAUCCGCGAGGGGGCCAUAUUGUACUGCGAUACAUGUCCUUGUCUCACCUGUAGCAUAAAGAUUGCACAGGUAGGCAUCAGCGAGGUUGUCUAUAGCCAAGGCUACAGUAUGGAUACCGAGACCGCUGCUGUUUUCACGCAGGCAGGUGUCAAAUUACGCCAGUUCGUGCCGCCCGCAAAUGGAUUGAUCCACCUAGAGAAGAUGGAGUUGUACUAG